UGAAUGCCUGAGCCCGCCCCUGAAUCACAGCGACCCCCCACCCAGACCCCUACCAUAUUUAAGGAGCAUCCCUGUUCCAUGCUCUUCAUCCCAGCGGAAACUCCAGUCUUGUGCUACAACUUGGACCACCUACACCAGACCAAUCAUGUGUGACGACGAUGAGACCACCGCCCUCGUGUGCGACAACGGUUCCGGUUUGGUCAAGGCUGGAUUCGCCGGUGAUGAUGCUCCCCGUGCUGUCUUUCCCUCGAUUGUUGGCAGACCCCGUCACCAGGGUGUGAUGGUGGGUAUGGGUCAGAAGGACAGCUACGUCGGAGAUGAGGCUCAAAGCAAAAGGGGUAUCCUCACACUGAAGUAUCCCAUCGAGCACGGCAUCAUCACUAACUGGGAUGACAUGGAGAAGAUCUGGCACCACACUUUCUACAACGAGUUGCGUGUGGCCCCUGAGGAGCACCCCACUCUGCUCACUGAGGCCCCCCUUAACCCCAAAGCCAACAGAGAGAAGAUGACACAGAUCAUGUUUGAGACCUUCAACGUCCCUGCCAUGUACGUUGCCAUUCAGGCUGUGCUGUCCCUGUAUGCAUCUGGUCGUACCACCGGUAUUGUACUGGAUUCUGGUGAUGGUGUGACCCACAACGUGCCAAUCUACGAGGGUUACGCUCUUCCUCAUGCUAUCAUGCGUUUGGAUCUGGCCGGUCGUGACUUGACUGACUAUCUAAUGAAGAUCCUGACCGAGCGUGGUUACUCUUUCGUGACCACAGCUGAGCGUGAGAUCGUGCGUGACAUUAAAGAGAAGCUGUGCUACGUCGCUUUGGACUUUGAGAAUGAGAUGGCCACUGCUGCCUCUUCCUCCUCCCUGGAGAAAUCCUAUGAGUUGCCCGACGGCCAGGUCAUCACCAUUGGCAACGAACGUUUCCGUUGCCCUGAGACCCUCUUCCAGCCCUCUUUCAUUGGUAUGGAGUCUGCUGGUAUCCAUGAGACUGCCUACAACAGCAUUAUGAAGUGCGACAUUGACAUCCGUAAGGAUCUCUAUGCCAACAAUGUCCUGUCCGGGGGUACCACCAUGUACCCUGGUAUCGCUGACCGUAUGCAGAAGGAGAUCACUGCUCUGGCCCCUAGCACAAUGAAAAUCAAGAUCAUUGCUCCCCCUGAACGUAAGUACUCUGUCUGGAUCGGCGGUUCCAUCCUGGCUUCCUUGUCCACCUUCCAGCAGAUGUGGAUCAGCAAGCAGGAGUAUGAUGAGGCAGGUCCCUCCAUUGUCCACAGGAAGUGCUUCUAAACUCUCAACAACCCCACCGUCUGAAUUUAUACUGUGUCCUUUGCUGUAUAUAGCCUACAUGUACUGUUGUAAUAAAAGUUGUGACGUGC